AUGGAGUCUAUUAAAGUCACUAUUGAAGAACUCACUACACUUUUUAACACCAAAAUGUCAGAGUUCCAAAGAGAGCUGAAGACUUCUAUACCUGCGACGAGCCCAACAUCCAACAUCAACUCGCAGUUCAAUGCUUUUCGAUCUUUUGUCCUGACUGCCUUAGAAAAUUUGCAAUUGCAAGUUGAAUUUCUAUCAAGGCAAUAUGAUCAGCUUGAAAUGCACUCGAGGAAGAAAGUUGUUCUACUGCACGGAGUCGAUGAAGUGAGUAAAGAGAAUGUUGGUGACAAUGCAUUGAAAAUUAUUACUGAGCAUCUUAAACUGCCACACAUUACUCCCGACUCCUUUAAGUAUUGUCACCGGCUGGGUCACACGGUCACUCAGAAGCCCCGUCCAAUAUUAAUUAGAUUUAAGGAUGGCAGCGUGAAGGACAAAGUCUGGUCGGCUAAGACGAAUCUCAAAGGCACUGGGAUAACGAUGUCAGAGUUCCUUACGAAGAGUCGGCACAAAACAUUCUUGGCUGCAAGGAAACGUUUUGGGGUAACAAAGUGCUGGACUCGGGACGGUAUCAUCAUAGUUCUGUCUCCUGAUGGCACGCGGCAUCAUAUCUCCACCAUGGCUGAACUUCAGGCGAUUCCAAGCUCUGCGACUGAUGCAUCAAUCCCGCAAGCGUCGACACUUUCAGAGGAAGCCUCCAAAACCACUAAAGGCAUUAAUUCUAGGAGUGUAAGGGCGGUCAGGACUGUUAAAAAGUAGUUAGUAUACUUGUUAUUAUUCACGAACGCUAUGUUUUAUUAUGUGGGUGCUUCUGUUUUGUUUAUUCCACUUUGUUCAUGAAUUAGAUUUAGUUCUACCCACUUAUUGUAAGCUUUUAAUGUAAUAACUUUGAUGUAUUGAAUUUACGUAUUUGAUUGUUAU